UCUGGUGCUCCAGCGUUAUAUAACGACCCAAACGUCACAUUCUCUGUCUACCACACCUGGAUUCCUUCACAGCAGACCACAGUUUCACAGAUUUAAUCUCCAAAAUACCUCUGUCAUGGCUGGAAAAGUUGUGCUGCAUUACGUGAAUGGGAGAGGGAGAAUGGAGUCAAUCCGCUGGCUUUUAACAGUGGCAGAAGUGGAUUUUGACGAGAUGCAUCUGACAACUCGUGACCAGUUUAAAAAACUCCUCAGCGAUGGACACCUCAUGUUUCAGCAGAUUCCCAUGGUGGAGAUUGAUGGCAUGAAGCUUAUUCAGACAAAAGCCAUCCUGCAGUACAUCGCUGAGAAGUACAAUCUUCAUGGAAAAGAUAUCAAAGACCGUGUCAUGAUCAACAUGUACACAGAAGGACUGAUGGAUCUCAUGGAGAUGAUCAUGCUGUUGCCCUUCACUGCAGAUCCAAAACCAAAACUGGACAACAUUCAAGCCAAAGCGACCGAGCGCUACCUUCCAGUGUUCGAAAAGGUGCUGUCGGGGCAGAUCUACCUGGUGGGAGGUAAACUCAGCGUCGCAGACGUGCUGCUGCUUGAAUGCACCCUGAUGUUGGAGGAGAAAUUUGUUGGAAUCCUCGGCGGGUUUCCCAACGUAAAGGCUUUUCAGGGCAGGAUGACCAGGAUUCCCGCCAUCGACAGGUUCCUGAAGCCAGGCAGCAAGAGGAAGCCCCAGCCAGAUGAUCAGUACGUGAAGACCGUCAUGGAGGUGUUUGACUUAAAAUCCCUCCCCUUUUAAAAGUUCCAGUACAUUCCUAACAUCAGCAGCGUGAAUGAUUCAUAACAGGUCGACCAAUUAUAUUUGCAGGUAUGAAAGAAUGAAAGGAAUCUGUGUAAUCUUUUAUAACAAAUGGAUGUUUUUAAUGGAAGCUUCUACUGAAUAAAGUGUCUAUUUUUAAUGAA